AUGGGCAUGACGACGACGACGAGGCUAAUGCUCACCUUGGCCGCCGCGGUGGCGAUGCUGCUGCUGGCCUCGCCGGCGCCGGUGUCCGGGCAGCCCGGCAUCGUCGUCGCGGGCGCGGUGUCGUGCACGGCGUCGCUGGUCACCAGCUUCACGCCGUGCCUCAACUUCAUCACCAACGGCAGCGCCUCCCCGACCGACGACUGCUGCCGGUCCCUGGGCGCGCUGACCAAGGCGAGCGCCGGCUGCGCCUGCCUCAUCCUCACCGGCAGCGUCCCUCUCGGCGUGCCCGUCAACCGGACGCUCGCCGUCACGCUCCCCAGGGCGUGCAACUCCACCUCUCUCCAGCUGCAAUGCCGAGACGCGUCGUCAGCUCAGAGCCCAGCUCCAGGCCCCAUCGCAGAUGCGCCUGCGCCGUCCAUGUUCAUGGCCCCGUUGCCACCAGCGACGGCGGCAGCGCCGGAGCCUGAAGCACCGGCGACAGCUCCACCUGUGGAACCCACGGCCACGGCGACGCCACCGAUCAGCCAGGUACAGACGAAGCCGACGGUUGUGCCCAGCGCCGCCUGGAGAGCAAGCUCGGACGUGCCAGCGACGGCUGGUUUUGCACUGCUGCUUGUAGUUGGAGCUGCGCUGAUGGCCUGA